GGGCUAGGAUGGACUGUAGUCUGGGUAGAAAGCCUGCAAGCCCUCAGCCUUCCACUCCUAAGCGUCAAGAGCAGAGGUGGACAGCCCUCACGAGACCUGCCCUCGUGCUGUGCGGAUGGCGGGUGGCGGGUAUGAGUCCAAAACACAGCUCUGGGAGGCAGGCUUCCCCAUUGGCUGGUCAUGGCAUCCAUCACAGCGCCGUGGUCUGUCAUUGGCCGGCUCCAAGCAGAGGAGGAGUUCAUGAUCAGCUCUGUGCCACAUGCUCCAUGUAAAAAAGGGCGCGGCGCGAGUUCUGGUGCGGCCAUGGCGAGCGUGGACGAGGGUGGGCGCAGGAGGCCUCGACUGGCAGCUUCGCUGCAGAUCAGCCCUGGACCCUGGAGGCCCUCGGGAGGCCAGGAGCCCACAGAGGCUGGGGACGGGGCACCUGGGACCCCUGGGACACCUGAGACUGGGAUGGCUAGGGGACAGGAGGCCAGUGGGGAGGCCUGUAAGGCCCCGGGGGGCUCGGUCCUGCGUGCAGAGCCCGCGGGCAACUUCCCUAUGGCAGCCCAGGAACUCAGCCUGCUGGCCAGGGACCCGCCCCCAGUCCAGGCGGUGGCCCUGCUCACCCAGUGUGUGGCUAACCUGGGCGUCUCUCUGACCUUCCUGGAGGACCAGACUGCAGGUCCAGACUCCUCAUUCUCUGUGUGUGCAGAACUGGAUGGGUUGGUCUGUCCUGCGGGAACAGGGAGAAGCAAGAUGGAGGCCAAACAGCAGGCAGCACUCUCUGCCCUUCAGUACAUCCGGAAGCAUCUGGAAAAAUCAGAGGCCCCUGUGGCUCCCCGACAGCCUUUGCUCACCUCGCUCAACAUAGAGAAUAUCCUAACCCAUGAGCAGCGCUGUGCAGCUGUGGUCAGUGCUGGCUUGGAUCGUCUACUGAAUGAGAGUUCACCAUACCAGGCCUGUAAGGGGACAGUGGCCGCAGUCAUCCUGGAGAGGGAGGUCCAAGGCACCAUUGGUCACUCCAAAGAGACCUACGAGCUGGUGGCACUGGGUACAGGCAGCAGCAGCUGUGCUGGCUGGCUGGAGUUCUCAGGCCGAAGGCUCCAUGACUGCCAUGGUUUGGUCAUUGCCCGUAGGGCCCUGCUGAGGUUCUUCUUCCGGCAGCUCCUGCUGGCCAUAGAGGGGGGUCCCAAGGGCAAGGAGCGAUCAGUGCUGGCUCCCCAGCCUGGGCCUGGGCCCCCCUUUGCUCUCAAGCCUGGGGUCUUCCUGCACCUGUAUGUGAGCAACACUCCCAAGGGGGCAGCCCAUGACAUCUACCUCCCACUGGCCUCAGAAGACAAUGUCUUACACAGACCAGCCUUCCGCCUGCAGGCCCAUGUCUGUGGGCAGCUGAAACCUGUAUCCUAUGUGGCACCUGCCCUCCGAGAUACCCAUGUGGGCUGCCUCUCUGCCAGUGACAAGCUGGCACGUUGGGCUGUCCUUGGGCUGGGUGGUGGGCUGCUGGCCCACUUCCUGCCACCACUCUAUGCCACCAGUCUUGUCCUAGCUGACCCCUGCCAUGACCCCCCAACUCUGAACAGGGCCAUUCAUUCCCGGCCUAAACUGGACAGUGUCUUGGGGUCAUGUCUUCCAUGUCCAUAUGUCCGUACCACAUUACACCUGUUUACUGGGCCCCUGGUGGCCCCCUCCGACCCUAUGCCCAGCACCUGCCAUGGCCUGAGCCUCAACUGGAGCCUGGGGGAUCCUGAUAUCGAAGUUGUUGAUGUGGCCACCGGACGUGUGAAGACUGAGGCCAGCAUUGGGCCCCCCUCCCGCCUCUGUAAAGCAGCCUUUCUCGCAGCAUUCCGCCAGGUUGCCAGAGCUCUGGAGAAGCCACAGCUCCUGUCUCUGAAGACCUAUGAGGAUGCCAAGGCUGUGCCCUACAGGGAAGCUCGCCAGCAGCUGUCUCUCCUCCUGGACCUGCAGGGCCUGGGGGCCUGGCCCUCAAAGCCACUGGUGGGUAAAUUCAGACACUGAGCCAGACUUCGAGGGACAAGGACCCUAGUGGACUUGGACCUCCACAGUGGGAGGACAAGGACAUACUGGGGGCCAGCCAAGGAGAGGUGGAGAGCAUAGUGGAUGGGGGCAAGGCUAAUGGUGAGGAGGGAGCUGCAACACUGAUAGCUGAAGAGUGGAGACUCUUGUGUGUCUGGUUUGAAUAAAGAAAUGCUCUCUAGCAGUCUGUGUUUGGGUAUAUUGAGGUAGUGUGUCAUGGGGAGCCUUUCAUGCCACCACAGUGGGAACUCACUUAAGACCCUGCCUUCCAGAACUACUCUGUUGGUGUCCCA